GUUUCGUGUACCGAUCAUGAGUGAGAACAGAGGUUGAAGAUAUUGUUUUCCCUCAUGAUAUAUGCAUUACUAAUUUAUUUUGUCAGUAAUAUGUUUUACGGCGUGACCGUGUUUGAGGGCGAAGCAAGAAGGUUUUGACAUUAGUAUCUAUAUCCAAAACAGGACAAAAACAACCCGAAGUUAGCACGCGGACGGAGCUGUAUCAAAGCAUCCUAAUUUUUGGACAUUUGAUCCACCUAUAUAUUGAACGCGGGAAAUAUAACGCAAUUGAUGUAAACAGUACAUUGUGACGUCAUAUUCAGCGUCGUUAUUUAGCAAAUUUACAAACAAAGCGUUUGAACCACAACAAAAAACAUGGCGUUAAUCGUGGAGUGAUUAUAUAUGAUUAAGAAAAUAAGAUUUACAUGCUUUUACGGAUUUUAUGUGUAACAUCUCAGAACGACGUGAACUAGGGUAGACGAGAUUCAAAAUGGAGGAAUACAUGUCCACGCGCUAAUAUUCGAAUCGACGCCAUUGGUACCAAACUUUUCAAGUUCCAUAGUUGUUUUACAGUUCCUAACGUUGCAUGACAUGGGAAAUCAAGAACCCGGGAUCAUGGAUUACGUCCACCUGAGGGGGGUGGAGAUUAUUCAUCAAAUUCAACACACAUUCAGGCACCAUGUGGACCUGAUGCAAAUACUGACACGUGUUGGUGAUCCUAGAUAUGCCUUCCUUAUUUAUUUCCCAUUGGCUUACUGUUUACACCGGGCCACCGGAACAAGAGUUUUGUGGAUUGCCUGUCUGUCUGAAUGGCUGAAUGGAGUCUUGAAAUGGAUACUGCACGGACAGCGGCCAUAUUGGUGGAUUAAUGAAGUAAAACUACACGACAAUGUUCUAAACAUUCCUUCUCUGGAACAAUACAGUCUCACCUGUGAAACGGGACCAGGUAGUCCUUCAGGACAUGCUAUGGUCACUUCAGCUGUGCUGUAUUCCAUUGGAACAUCUUUCAUGAAACAUGGAAUUCAACAGGCAAAAGCUGUAGAGCGUGUGUUAGUCUGGGUAUCUUUUACAGUGGUACUUGUAGCCGUGAAUGUAUCCAGGCUAUUCAUAGCAACACAUUUUCCACACCAGGUAGUAGCAGGAUCGCUGACUGGGAUAUUAUUAGCAGAGGUUGUCAAACAUGAACACACAUCUGGUCUCACUUUCAAGCAUUAUGCGAUAUGGUGCAUUGUGUUGGUGAUUGGGGUGUGUGUCACAUAUUUUGGAAUAUCCAUUCUCAGUUUGGAUCCUCUUUGGAGCCUCACUCUUGCCAAGAAAUGGUGUGCUAAUCCAGAGUGGGUUCACCCAGAUACAACUCCGUUCUUCGCCUUCACAAGAGACGUGUCAUCAUUAUUAGGUUUUGGAGCAGGCAUCUCUCUACGAAACAACAUGAAAACCACUGUAGAUAUAGGGAUGGGACAGAAACUUGUGUAUGUAACUCUGUCUCUUACAUUGACAAUGGUUGUAGAAAACUUCAAGAUUCCGUCAACAUCCCCAGUAUUCUACGUGAUCGGAUUCGUCAAAUUCAACAUAAUGAUGAUUGGCAUUGUGUUUGUUAUACCGUAUCUUGUGUUUACAAAUAAAAAGAAGAAAAACUAGUGAA